AACGAAAUCAACAACGUAACAUAAAAAUACUGAACUAUAAGUAGUACGUAAUAAAUAGUAGGUACUAAGGCAAUGUUAUGCUUAAAAUGUUUAUAAAUAAAAUGUUAUUUUUUAGUGCAAUAAUAGUUGCUACAAUAAUAUGUCAUGUGUCAUGUAAUACAGAAGAAAGGAGUAAAGAAGCUUUAGCAAUAACGUUAGAUACUACUAUUGCUUUCUAUGCUAUGUUUGCGGGUUGUAUAAGCUCAUCCAUGCCGUCUAUGAAAUUUGCGAGAGACGAUCUUAAAAGUUUCGUAAAUUAUCCGUCAAAAACUACUGUGGGAUUUGCACCAAAAUUCACUAGCAAUCGAAAAUUUUUUGCAAACAUGAUAAGUACGCCGGAAUUCAGAAAUACGCUAGCAAAGGAUGAAGAAGAACUUAGGCAGGAUUUGAUAAGGAAAAUGAAGUUUUGUGACAGUGUUGUCAUGGAUCAAGAUUUGUUGCAAGCCCUGUACGAUCGGGAAGUAGACCAGUCCAAAAUGUAAAAAAAAAUAUAUUCUAUGUAUUUCGA